AUGAUAAUGGGGAGCCCUCAGAUGAUCUGGUACCUGCCAUUCUGGACAUUGCCCAUCAGUACAACAUCCAGGUAUGGCUCCCAUGGUGCAUUUUACCGUUAUAAGACCAGCAUGGGCAAGAGCCUCCCACUCUUUUAUAUCUACGACUCCUACCUGACAUCCCCUGAGGCCUGGGCCCACCUCCUGACACAAAACGGGCCCCACUCAAUCCGCAACACCCCCUAUGACGGGGUCUUUAUAGCGCUGCUGGUGGAGGAGGGCCACACCCAUGACAUCCUUGCUGCAGGAUUUGAUGGAAUGUACACCUACUUUGCCUCCAACGGCUUCUCCUUCGGUUCCUCCCAUCAGAACUGGAAGGCUGUAAAGAACUUCUGUGAUACCAACAACCUGAUGUUCAUCCCUAGUGUGGGGCCUGGGUAUAUCGACACCAGCAUCCGGCCCUGGAACAACCACAACACUCGCAAUAGGGUCAAUGGCAAGUACUACGAGACAGCCCUGCAGGCGGCCCUGACUGUGAGGCCCGAGAUUGUCUCCAUCACCUCUUUCAAUGAGUGGCACGAGGGCACACAGAUCGAGAAGGCUGUUCCCAAGAAGACGCCAACUCGUCUGUAUUUGGACUACCUGCCGCACCAGCCCAGCCUGUACCUGGAGCUGACCCGCCGCUGGGCAGAGCACUUCAUCAAGGAAAAGGAGCAGUGGCUGAUGUGAGGGGCUACCACUCAGACCUCAUUAGGUCACCAAGUUGGUUCAGAUGAGGAAUAGGCACACACUAGUCCCAAGUAGCAAGUGGGUGCUUGUGGGUGGGCCAGCUAUGGUGCUGGGGUGAAGGGAAGCAGGAGGCUGGCAGGAGGCCGCACAUGGCUCAGGGCAGCUCCACGUCCUUUAGCUUUCAGCUGUGGCAGGUUGUACAGUGUAGUUCCCAGCCACUGUGCUUAAAAGGGUCUCAGGGUUCUGAGCUAGUAUGCACCUGCUUCCUUUGGACAGCCCACAUCUCCUCAGGCACCUUCCUUUUUCUGCUGAAUACAGGGAAUGGUAUUUGACACUUCUAAAAGGGGACUUUGUCUUUCCAGCCCAUUUCUGCGCCCUUUUACCAGGAAACACUGAGCACCCACUCAUUACUAAGCAUCUUAUGGUCAGGUGCUGGGAAAUUUGGUCAAUGUUCCCUUCUGGAGCUUACAGGAGCUCGCUUUUGGUGUAGCCAUGCAGCUAGCACCUUGGCUGUUUUGCUCUUCUUUGCAGCUACACCCAGGCCUGGAAAUUCAGCUAUUUUCCUCCAAGAAAAUAGCUCUGCUUCAGAGCCUUUCCUGAUGAACAUAAAGCUGGAGAGGACUAGGUCACUCCCUCCCUCCGGCUAUCUAGGCUGGGGAGGCCACGCACUAAGGCCACUCUCAGUGCUACUAUGAUUUGUAUUAAACAUGAAGUAGUGUUUGCCAGUACACGUUCCUCUUGCUGGCCUCUAGGUUAGACUGUGACAAAUUAGUGUAUGGCUGGGCUUGCUAGUUUUAGCACAAUGGAGAUGGGCUUGCUUAAAUGACUAGUUCAUAUGUUUUCUAGAAGGAAGUUAGCAAGCCAGUACUUAUUUAUAAACAAACUAAUGUUAAUUGCAAGGAUCCUUGUUAAAGUACGUCCAAUGGAAUAUUUUUCAGCAAGGUUCUCAAAUACACUUGAGGUGUUCACUGGAAACCACUGUACUGGUUUACAGUCUAAGGCUGAGCCAUGACUCUGGGAAGAGGAAGCAGCAGGGGAGAUGAGGUGGAAUACAGGUCAUUUCAAGGACAAUCAGUCCAUUUACUGACAAAUGAACAGGGCUGGUCACCCCGUCUGUAGCUUAGUUGAGAGGGCUGGAUUUUACCAGUGCUAAUUUCAUUUCAUACAUACACAGCUUGGACACAGCAAGACCAGCAGGAAGGGGCAGGCAUCUUCAAUGAAAGUUGACAUAGAUCUUCUGAAGGCUAAUCUACAUCAACAGCCAUAAUGCACAUAUACACCUUGACCUAGAAAUCCUACCCCAAAGGAAAUAGCUCAAAAGAAAAAUAAACCAUUUACAACUGUU